AUCCUUGUAAAAUACUAAGCAAUUGCUCUAAGAUCCAGAUAAUCUCUAUUCGCAUUCGCCGAGUGUCUUAUCUAACCCAAAAAAGAAUGCCUCGUUGCUUGAGUUCAUACUUCUGGCACUCCAUGUAGUCAUCUCUGAUGAUCGACUCUAUCCGCCGUCUACAUGCCUCAACGCGAACGUACAAAAGCUUCCAAUGCAUGCCUUGCUUGUCGAAGGAGCAAGCGAAGAUGCAACGGAGCUACACCGGCUUGUAGCAACUGUGUGAGAAGUGGAAAGAUUUGCCACUACAAGCCAGAGUCGGACGGCCGGAAACAUGUCUCCGGAGCCUAUGUGGAAAGCCUUGAACAACAGCUGAGAGAUCUGACAGACGUUCUCGAAGGCGUUAGGCACCAUCAUCGAACUGAAGCUGAGUCUGGAGCUCUGAGCCAUGGUAUCUCCCCUCAUACCUCCACGCUGAAGGCAAGAGAAGGGCCAAGUGACGUUGGGACCGCCUCUGGUCUGGAAAAUGACUGGAAGGACGAGGAAACCCUGGCUCUUGAGGAAUCUCAUUCUCAACCCGCUCAGGAACAGAGUCAGGUCUCUGUCCAGCCCACUGGCUUAGCUGCGGAACAUGACUUGCCAUCGAGCAGCCACGGAUUUGCAUCCCUGAUUGAGCAGGUGCCAUUAGCUGUCAUUACCGAUCCUCGUUCAUGCCCUUGGGCAUGGCUCAAAGCUUGCAGCGGUAGCUUGAAAACAGACGAGCCACCUAAUCAAUCCAGUUCCAGCAUCGAGAUGUCGUCUGAAUUGGAAGAGCCUUCAUCUGAGUUUGGCUGGAGUGCUGCAUCAGGCUCAGUGGAUGCCUCAAUAUUAAAUCACGAAGCGGAUUUACUUCACCUGUUUGAGAAAAACUUCGGAUCGCUAUUUGGAAAGCUGCGUCUUUGCCAAAACGAUAGCAUCCAUAGCCACCGGCUCUCUGCCAAUGAUUUUCUCGCGAAUGCGACAUGUUCGCUGGGAGCGCAGUGCGCGACGUCCGCUGCAGUUAGGAAUGUAGGACAAAUGUUUCAGGAGAGGGCGGAAGGGGCUGUCUUGUCACUUUGUCGUCAAUCCGACGAUUUCAGAGUUUACCAAGGAACUGUCAUCCUCGAAUACCUUGAAUUAUCCGCCGGGGACUGGAAGAUGAGUCAAAUUUAUCAUGAAAUUUCCUGUACUCUGCGGAGAAAUUUGGAGGAGAAGGAAACCGAUGCACGUCUUGAAGGUGUUUAUCCGGAAACAUCAGAGACCGACGAGAAGGAAACUCUAAAGAAGGCUUCGCAUACCCAUGACUUACUCGGAUAUAUCUUGUCUGCUAUGACAGGCAUUCAUGUGCAAGAAUUGAGACACCCGCAUACUCAGGGAGCUCGUCAUGGUGCACAUUUUGACUCAGAUGUUGCCUGUAAAGCCUCCAGCAUCGAAAAAGGAGUUGGAAAGUUGGUGCUCAAGGAAAUGAGGCGAAUCGAUAAAAUGUCCGGCUCGCCGUCUAUUGAGUUGGAUAAAAUGCUCCUCGAAACUCACGCAAAACUGGUCAAACUGGACAAGGACUUACCAAAGACGGCUUCGUCUCGAGAACUGGCCAAAAUGACCUCUCUGGUUAGGGCAAGAAUGGCAAUACAUACGGGGUAUAUUACGCUUCAUUCCCAUUUGCUUUCCUUGUCCACAUCGCAGAGAGCUAAAGCCCUCGCAUUCCGACUGAGCACUGACCGUGCAUUUCAACUUGCACGUCUCUGGCUGCGCUACAAGCAAUUGUUUGACCAGACUAGCGUUCCAAUCCAAGUGGUCCACUAUAUUUAUUGCGCCGCGGUAAUUUUGCUAAUGAACGCAUCUUCAUCGAAUCCUGAUGUUAAGAUCAAGGCCAAACCUCUCUUCAAAGCUGUGUAUGAUACACUCACGACACUGUCUGAAGCAAUUCCCCUCGCACAAUUGGCAGCGAACGUGCUUCAUCACAUUAUGGACGACUGGGGCUUAAGUCAUAUAAUCACACGACCUUCACGACAGCAGAGCGUCAUAUUGGAAACCGAGUUACCAUCUCGCCCAAGAAUUGCGGAUCAAUCAGCUUUUGUCGAAACAAUUGACAAAGGCCGCGAGGUUCUUGUCCCUUCCAAUGUCGGUUUCAUGGAAGAGGGUACGCAGUUGGACCAGGGAAAUGAUAAUAGCGAUAUCCAACAGCUUGCGCAACAAUUUCUCCCGCCUGGGUCUCUUCAUCAGGAUAUUCACAAUCUCGAUGAUCAGAUUUUCAACCAGUUUCAGGACCACAAUAAUAACAACAAUCUCAUGCAAAUGGAUCCAUUGGAUCUCCAGCAUCCAUAUCCUUCCAUCAAUGACCAGAGCUUUCACUUUGACCUUUCUUCGUCACAGCCGCCUUCACAUUUUGCCCCCAAUCCACAGGUUGCCACUGCGGCGCCCCAGGCGCACCAAGAUCCAUUCUCAUUUGCAGAUCUCCUUCCACACCGUGACGCAAAUUCAUCUAUUCCGAAUCACUCUAUCCCGUCUCAAGAAGCCCAGACCACCUCGUCUUCGUCAAUACCAUUGCCAACUUACUCAAAUACAACGGUGCCCCUAACGCACUAUCCUUCUUCUUUUCAACAAGGCCACAACGAUGCUCUCAAUCUAAGCCAGCUCUGGCCAAUGCACCAGGACCAACGCCGGUCUCCUGCAAAUCCAUUCUGGGGCGAUCCCUCGAUGCCACUGGCAUUGGGCUCCUUGCCCGAAUUCGAGACGUACAUGGUAGAAGGCUUUGGGCCUAAUGACACGGAGCCGGAGUUUUAGACUCCAAUAUGGCAGAUAUUCGCUACUCAGCCCACUAGACACACGGUAGGAGACUCUUGCUUGCGCGUCCAAAUCAGGAGACCAAGUCGGAUGAUCGGGUUCAUAGCAUGUUGUGCUUCUCUUCACAUCUGUAAGCCGACCCCUUUGCUCUCUUUGGCGGCUCUCUUGAACGUGUACAAAUUUGAAAGCUAAUCGCACAAAGGAAGGAGUCAAUGUAAUGAAAGAAAAGUUUAUCCAAAGUCUAAUAUUCUAUGAAUUCGUGACUAUUAUAUUAUUAUUAGAUAGUUUGGAAUGAUCCGAAUUCAAUUCCAAAAAAUAAAACAACGAAAUCAUACGGUCUCUAUAAGCUACAAUAUUUCGGAUGAUGAUAAAAAGUAGGCAGUGCUCUAAUGAUAAAAAAUCAU